UCAUUUCAUCAACCAAUACUACACUACUACUCUCAACUCUCUCUCUACUGUAAACAAACUUUCAAUACUAUCCAAACACAAUUCAUCCAAAAUGGCUGCUAUUAUUGAAAUCCCAACAAAGGUGCUUACUAACUCCUCUGGCCAACAGAGGAUUCCAGUGAUUGGAAUGGGCUCAGCCCCUGACUUCACAUGUAAGAAAGACACAAGAGAUGCAAUCAUUGAAGCCAUCAAACAAGGUUACAGGCACUUUGACACUGCUGCUGCAUAUGGCUCUGAACAAGCUCUUGGUGAAGCUUUGAAGGAAGCACUUGACCUUGGACUUGUCUCUCGUGAAGAGCUCUUUGUCACUUCCAAGCUUUGGGUCACUGAAAACCACCCUCAUCUUGUUGUUCCUGCUUUGCAGAAAUCACUCAAAACUCUUCAACUGGAGUACUUGGACCUUUAUCUGAUCCACUGGCCCCUCAGUUCUACACCAGGAAAGUUCUCAUUUCCAAUUGCUGUGGAGGAUCUCUUGCCAUUUGAUGUGAAGGGUGUCUGGGAAUCCAUGGAAGAGUGCCUCAAACUUGGCCUCACCAAAGCUAUUGGUGUCAGCAACUUCUCUGUUAAGAAACUUCAAAAUCUGCUCUCUGUUGCCAAUAUCCUUCCUGCUGUGAAUCAAGUGGAGAUGAACCUUGCAUGGCAACAAAAGGAACUAAGAGAGUUCUGCAGUGCAAAUGGAAUAGUCCUGACCGCCUUCUCACCUUUGAGGAAAGGUGGCAGCAGGGGAGCAAAUGAAGUUAUGGAGAAUGAUAUGUUGAAAGAGAUUGCAGAGGCUCAUGGAAAGUCUAUAGCUCAGGUCAGUCUGAGGUGGUUGUAUGAACAAGGAGUCACAUUUGCAGCAAAGAGCUAUGAUAAGGAGAGGAUGAACCAAAAUCUGCAAAUCUUUGAUUGGGCACUCACAAAGGAGGAUCUUGAGAAAAUAGAUCAAAUCAAGCAGAACCGUUUGAUUCCUGGACCAACCAAGCCCCAACUCAAUGAUCUCUUUGAUGACCAAGCAUAAGUUAUUUAAGUUUGCGUGGGAAUGACUUCUCUUUUAAUUUUAAUUCAUGAAUCUUAUCCUGAAAAGUAGAGCUUUGAAUGACCUGCCAUGUCGCAUCCUAUUUUACACAAAUUUGUUUUGAAUAAUAAUAUUCAUUACUUUUUUUCUCAA